UGUAGUCCGGACCCACUCACCUGCACCAAGAGGGCUACUGAGCCGAGCACGAGAGAACUACAACGCCCAGAGUCCUGCGCGCCGCCGGGAGCCGUGGUCCGCACGGCCGCGAGAGCAGGAAAGAUGUCCGCGUCCGCCGUUCUGCGCCAGCUGUGAGCCCUUCAGUUCUUAGAAAGGAACCUGGAACGACACUCCCCGGGGCUAAGGUAGCAUCAGUACCCAUAUGGUGGGGCCAGAGAAACCAGGCUAGAUACUUCAGGGACGCAGCCGUUCUGCAUAUCGAGGUGUAUACUGCUUCCCCAGGUGCCAGCCGAUCCCAGCGUUGGCCUUAGAUAUUUGGCCCCUUCCUUUUCUUUCUCCAGGACUCGGCCUCGGGAAGGGUUGUGGACAAGGCUAUGAGAACGCUCCCUCUUCUCCCAGGCCGAGUCGGGAUAUCCUGUAGCGCCCGGAGAGGCGGCCACUUGGACAGGCUCCGAGCCCAGGCUGGCUAUGAAGACUGACCCCUCGACGUCUGCAGCCCCCCUCAGGGGGGUCGGGGGGCCCUUGCAGAGCAGCGAGCCGGUGCGUGUCGCCCCAGCCCAGUCGGCGGCCGUGGUUCUGCUGGAGGAGGCGGCCGACUUCUUGGUGGUGCACCGGGACUUCCAGGCGGCGCUGCAGACUUGCGAGCGAGCCUGCCAGAGCCUGGCCAACGAUGCCCUGCUGGACGAUGCUGCGGGCAUCUCCUUGGAGGUGAAAUGCUCCCUGUGUGUUGUGGGCAUCCAGGCCCUGGCAGAAAUGGAUCGGUGGCAGCAAGUCCUGUCCUGGGUUCUUCAGUAUUACCAGGUCCCUGAAAAGCUACCCCCCAAAGUCCUGGAGCUGUGUGUUCUUUUAUACAGCAAAAUGCAAGAGCCUGGAGCCGUGCUGGAAGUGGCCAGUGCCUGGCUCCGAGAUGCGGACAAUCAGGCCCUUCCAGAAUACAGAGCCUUGGCUGCACUUCACCUGCAGCGGGUGCUGCUGCCUCUGGGCUGCUUGUCAGAGGCUGAGGAGCUGGUGGUGGGCUCUGCAGCCUUUAGCGAGGAGCAACGGCUGGGCACACUCCAGGCCAUCAGCACAGCAAGGCAGCAGCAGAAACACGAGCAGCUUGGCCCUGAGGACCAGAAGCUGAACCAGGAAGGCUCCUUCUCCCACAAGUUUCUGUCGCUGCUGAUGUUGCUUCGCCGACUUUGGGACUCUGCUGUGAGCCACUUCCUUUCCCUGCCCUUCAAAAAGAGCCUCCUGGCUGCCUUGAUCCUCUGCCUCUUGGUGGUGAGGUUUGAUCCAGCUUCUCCUUCCUCCCUGCCCUUCAUCUGCAAGCUGGCUCAGAUCUUCCACUGGAUCCGGGAGGCCAUGUUUUCUCCCCUCCACCAGCUCCGCGCCCAUGACUAAGUGGUCUUCACCAUUCAUCUCAGCGUCUACUUCGCACAGCGGAGUAACUCUUCCAUGGCAGCCAAUUUCCUGCUGCUGGCUGGGCCCCUGCAGGAGUGGCGACAGCCUAAUUCCUUGAAGAGCUCAUCAUAGCACGUGAACUGUGUCUUGCUGACUGAAUGCUCUCCCCGUUGCACCCCACUUUGGCUGGUGUCAGUAGAUCAUGUGGGAACAAAGCCAGGUCAGAGGGAAUAAGUCCUCUAGAACAUUCCCUCCUCACACCCAGAGGGGUUUGGGGAUGGAGAGUGCAUCCAUGAAACAUUCCACCUUCUUGGCAAAGUAAAGGGUUGCUUUUUCAGGUCAGGAUAUGAAUGAAGCUGAGAGUUCAGAAAACCCCCGAUGAAGUGACCUUUCACCUUUGACUGCCUUGAAAACCUUACCUGUGAGGAUUGCCUCUAGGACUGGCCUUUAAUUCAGCAGAGUGCAGUCUGAGAGGGCCUCUCCUCUCUCUUCUGUUCUUCCCCACAGAUCUGGUCUAGUUGUUCACUGGUACACCAUUCCCAUGGUUUUGCAUUUGGGCUUGAAGCUGUUCACACCAGGGCGUGGCUUUCAGAACCACCCAGGUGAUUCCUGAAAACUGAGGCCGCUCCGCUCUUCUCACUGGGUAAAGUGAUCUUGCUUGGUGCUUCUUGGGCGUCAGCUCAGUUUUCCAGGUAGUCGGUGGCCAGGCUGCUGUUACGCUCAGUAUCGUUGCCCUUGCUACUCCUGCCCACCCCUCCCCUGCCCUGCAGUAGGAGUUUUGUACCAUGUCUGAUGGCUGUUUCACCAGGUUCUGCCAGUAUUCUUGCCUCCUUGGUACACACCAUUGUUGGUUCCUCCUUUCUAUGUCCUGUUCUAGUUCUAGUCUGUUGUUUGUAUAAGGCACAAGUUUUUCUGUUUGUGUGGCCUUGAAAAGUAGGCCAGCCGCAGAGGCUGAUGAGCUGAAAAUGGAACUGGGUCAUUGGGAGCUGGCAGGGAUGUGUGGAAGGGGCUGGGCAGAGGGGAGACAUGGGUUUUGAAGGCAGCAAACAGUCUUAUCCAUUGUUAGGAGCAGGCAUGGGCCUAGCGUCUGAACACCUGACAUGUUUCAGUGUUUCCUGUCACUGGCCACAAGAAUUUCACAGUUUCCAUGCAAAUAAGUGUGAAAUACUAUGUGGUCAAGAUUGCAAAAGGCUUCCAGCAGGGCCAGUCUUUCUGCGCUGAAGGCCAAGCACACCACCCCUGCUGGGACCUGGGUCAGGGCUGACGCCAGGAAUAUGGGCGGUGCCUUUAGCUUUUCCGAGGUUGAUUUUCUGGAGUUGCAAGUCAACAACUUCUCUUUAGUAAAAUGGGUAGAGUAAGUAAACUUCAUCUGCUGUGGAGAUGUUGAGGUCCUAGUGUGUGGUCCAGCUCUGUAGGAAACAAAUCUAUGCUUUUACAUAUGGGCUUUUAAUAGAGUUAAAAACUCUGGGGAGAGGAAGGGAAGGGAGCUAAGCUUUGAGAUGUCUCCUUUAGAAUGAUUUCUUAACAUGAAAAUCUGGUCCUGUUCACUGCCCUAGAUACAACUCUGUAAGGCUUUCCAUGGCCCACAGGUGAGACCCACGUUCUCCUUCAUGGAUUGAAGGCCCCUCGGGCACUGGUCUUGGAACACCCCCACUUCAUGGGGGGUCUCUCUCCCUUUGUCCGCUGCCCUCCGGCUGCCCCUUUAGUCAGCUCUCUGAACACUGCACUCCCUCACCUCUGCUGUUCCCUUGGGAAGGUCAACCCCCCUUUUUCCUGGUGAGCUCCUCAACCUUCCAGACUUACACAAGGGUUACCUCUGGCAAUCCUUCCCCCGGGUCCCCUGCUUCCAGCCCUGAUUUUAUAAGCUUUCUGUGGUAGUGACCCCAUGGCCGUAACGGCUGUGAAAAUUUUUGUUGCCUCAGGAACUGUGAGCUCUUUGAAGCUGGGGCAUGGGGCUUGUGGCCGUGUUAGGAGUCAGGUUUGGAUCCUUGCUCUAGCACGCGUUGGUGGUGUGACUGUUGGGAAGUGACUGAACCUCUCACCCUUAGUGUUCUCCUCUGUGAGUUCUCUUUACUUUGGAGAGUAAAUGCUACUUAGGAAGCAUUUGUAUGUUCACCGGCCCCAAGUGAGAGCUCUCGAGAGGGCCCAGCCCAAUGCCAGGGAGUUAGGUGUCCAGAGGUGUUAAAGGAGUGAAUUCACAUAACUGACGUGACAAGAGGUCUGUGUGCUUUUGGUGAGUGUGUGGGGUUUGUAUUGUGAAAACCGGGAGAAGAAAGAGGCCCUGGCCACGCCAAACUCAGUUCUCAGUCUCCCCUGAGGUUCCCUAGUACUACUAUGCUUGCAGGCCUCUAGGUUCUUGGUUUAUGUUUGUCCUGAACUCAGCAGUGGUCUCGUGACCAGCCCGGCUACCUCCCUAGUCAGACAAGGAGCUUACAGCAAAACUGCUCCGAUGACUUGGACCUUUUCUCAGGAUACAGGCUGGCACUCAUUUCAGUCUUCAGCUCUGGGCUCAACGAGAUCAGAGGUGAAGAAGCAGGACUUCCUUCUCAGACUUACACCCGUGCUGUCCAGUCUGGUAGGCAUUAGGCACAUGUGGCUGUUGAGCACUUGAAAUAUGGCCGGGCCAGAUUGAGACGCUCUAUAUAUGUGUACAAUCCACACUGAGUUUUGAAAACUUAGUGCUAAAAAAUGAUGGAAACUUGAUUUUUAUAUUGAUUGUAUGUUGAAAUGAUAAUGAUUUGGACAUACUGGGUUAAAUAAAGUUUAUUAAAAUGAA